AUGGCGGACGACAUGGACACUUUCAAUCCAUUUGAGAAAGAAGAUGACGGCGAGGAAGGGGAAGUUGUGUUGCCAGAUGUAAGUUCAUAUCCAAAAGAAAACAGUGAUUUUUUGUUUUAUUUUAAUUCAAUGGUAGAUUUCAUCUCGUGAGCUAGUUGCUCCACAUACAAACAUGAAUCUGAAAUUUUAUAAUCCAUUACUGAUCGUUAAAUAAGCUUAAGUUAAAAGUACCUAAGCAAAUCUUUGACAAGGUUUGAGGAAACACUCAUGUUAGAGUAUAAUGUUUUCUCUUACUGGAUUAGCUGUAACUGACCGCUGUUCACACAAUUUUUUCGGUGUGGGCCAGACAGGUUACACAAGGUCUUUUUAAACAGGUUUAAGCUUCAUCUUUGGAGCAAAAGUAAUAAUCGUAAUUUUAAUUUAUUUAUCCACGGAGCACAUAGAAAUUCUUAAGAACUCGUUGAAAUGCGUCCGUGCAUUCCAGAUUGAAUUUGAACUUGGAAGUGUCAAGGUUUUUAAGGCAAGGGGAAAACCGGAGUACUUGAACAAAAACCUCUCAUUGCAAAGGAGAGAACCAACAACUAACUCAACCCACAUAUGGCGUUGAUGCCAGGAUUUGAACCCUGGCCACAUUGUUGGGAGGUGAGUGCUCUCACCACUGUGUCACCCCCCGGGCUCCCCAAAGAAUAAGGUGGAUGUAAAUGAUAUACUAUAUAUUUAACCUCAUUAUAACCUGCUGCCUAAGAAACAGAAGUAACUGUGCUCUACACGGAGACUUGGCCAUUGAUGGAGAGGUAUGAAACGAGUGUGAAAAAAGUGGCAGCGGUUGUAGAAGAGGUGGACAUUCUGCAUAUUUAAUAAUUCUUUGCAAAGCAAGAUUUAUUAAUUUCUCGGAAUUUAUGUCACAUUAGCAUUGUCCAGUCCAAUAAAAAUAAUGCUGGAUCCGGCCACUGAUAGCUGGACCAAGGGACCAAAAUUCUCAUGUGACCUAAAAGCUUAAUUCACCAGAACACUAUAAGCUUAUCACCUACGGCACAGCGUCGUCAUAAUUAGUUGGAGCCAACAUUUUUAUAGCAAUAUUGUGGCUGAUACCACUGGCAAGUGCUUAAAUAUAAAUGGAUAAAGAUUGGCAAAUAACAGGAAACAAACUAGGGCAAUUAAAAAAGGGCAAUCAAAAAGCUUAGGGACGCUACUGCAAGUAAGACUUAGCCGAUUGCAAGAUGUAAGAGAUGAUGCCAGUAAUCAGAAUGGAGGGAGGGAGGCAAAAUACAAAAAUGAUUUACAGAUCUUCUUUACAAUAAGCAAGACAGCUAAACAAAUAAAGGAUUCUGUUAAAAUAACCUUUUUAUAUACAUGUAGUUAGACACAUGUUCAAGCUAAUGCUAAGCCAUUGGUUGAUGGUGUACAGUUGUACAAUAGUAUUACAGAAACACACUCUCCAAACAACAAGACAUAAAUAAAGGUAUUUAUUACCUUUAGCCAUACAGACUGUAUGUUACAAGACAAUGUUGCAAUAUGGGUUGAGAAAUUGACCUUGACACUUGUUUGUACCAAUUACUCUUUUGAGAUGACAAGACAUGAUUGUAUUAAUGGCUCAUUAUGUCUAGUUGGUGCACGGUUUGCACAACAGUAGCAACCCUGAGAGAGCUCUGGUGUGUUAUGCUCCUUUAAUCUACCAUGAAAAGUCAUGGACUCUUCAGAACAAGAAGAAAUAGUAAUCAAACAUACUAAAUUAUGUGUUUGCUGAUAAAUGUUGUCAGAUGGAACAAUAUUACAAUGUGUUAUGCAUGUACAUUAUACAUGUUCUGGCUACUGAAACAUUAACAAACUUUGAUUCUUAGGCUCACCUUUUAAAAAUAUAAUAUGAUCACCAAAAUAAUAUUGUGAUUUAUUUUUUCAAUUCCUUGAGCAGAGUCCAGCAAUAGCAGACAAGACAGUACACUCUGUUGAUUUGGACUCCUCAACCUUAGAUCAAAGUACAGCAUUCCUGGAGUCUUUUAAGAUGGGAGGAUAUGAUGAAAUGACUCAAGUGAAAGAUUUGCAUGUGACUGUUGAUGAUCCUGAGAAGCAUGUUGGAGGAUAUGUCAGUUACAACGUCAUUACCAAGGUAUAAAGGUUUUGCAAGAAUUAGAAUCAUUAAAAUUUUCAAGAAAUUGAUUUGUGGUCUACAGCUGUGCAAAGAAAUAUAUGUUUAUAGUCUGUAGAUUUUGAAGUAAACUGACUCUUUUAGUCAAUGACCCAGGUUGUUGAUGUGAAUGUGUGGUUAAUGAGAACUAAAGUUAACAUGAAGAUGUUCAUGUUUCUUGUAUUACAGACCACAAGAGGACAAUUUGAUCACCCAGAAUAUAGUGUAAGAAGAAGAUAUCAAGAUUUCCUUUGGCUGAGGCAAAGACUUGAAGAGAGCUAUCCCACUCACAUUGUUCCUGUAAGCAGCUUUUCAUAGUCAGCCUCCUGCAUUGUUUGAAUGUAAAAAAAAAGGUUCCUGAUAGACGAGAAUGGUAAAGCUAUAUGCAGGCUAGUAAUCUAUUGUUGUUAUUGGGGGGAAGCUGUCCAGAAAAUGUUCUCAGUGACUCUGACAUGGACAUUUGGACAACAUGAGCAGAUGGUAUUUGUCUUUGACGUAAAAUUCCAACUAACUUGACUUUUGUUACUAAUAUUAUUGGGCAACACUAUUGAGCAAUUUCAAAACCAUAAAAUGUAAUAAGAUGCAACUGAUGCAAAGAUGUAAAACUCAUUAUUUUUAUCACAAAUCUAGAGCCAAAGUUUUCAGGUGUCGGGAGACUGUGCUCUGUUAUGAUUAAUAAUAUAUUGUUAUUAAUCAUAACAGAGCACAGUCUCCUGACACCUGAAAACUUUGGCUCUAGAUUUGUGAUAAAAAUAAUGAGUUUUACAUUGUCACAUCAGUUGCAUCUAGGAGAAGGUCUGAAAAAAAAGGUUUUCUUAAGCAUGAUCACAUGACCUACAUCAGGGAAGCAAAAGAUACAAGCUAAAGAGGUACUUGUUAGUCCUGAGAUUUAUUGGCUUGGCACGUACGUUGUUGAUGUUUAAAAAUUUUGACCAUGGUAGUCAUCUGAUGCUAAAGAAAUAAGCUGGUGAUGGCAUUAUACUUAAAGAUUUUUUUGGUUUGUGUUUUUUUACAGCCACUUCCAGAGAAGAAAUCAUUCUCAAAGCACUUUGAUAGAUUUACUACAGAGUUUUUGAGGUCAAGACAAAUUGCUCUCAACAAGUUUGUCAGCAGGAUUGCAGAUCAUCCUGUGAUGUCUUUUAAUGAUAAUUUUCAUGUGUUUCUCACUGCAAAAACAUGGGUAAGUGCAUCUUGUUUCUGUUGACAUUUUGUAGUAAUAAAUUUGGCGUAAGUGCAAUGACAUGUUGAGAUACAGUGAGCUAGGACUAGACAGACAGAUAAUUUUCAUGUGUUUCUCACUGCAAAAACAUGGGUAAGUGCAUCUUGUUUCUGUUGACAUUUUGUAGUAAUAAAUUUGGCGUAAGUGCAAUGACAUGUUGAGAUACAGUGAGCUAGGACUAGACAGACUUUUAACAAAGCUGAUGCUUAAAGUCUCAAUUUUUGUCCUCUUUUGUGUUAAAUACCUUGUGCAUGUAAACUGUAAAUAAAUAUGUGAAUCAAAGGACCUCACCACUGUGGAUGACGUCAAGGCAGACACCAACCAAACUCAAUAGACUUAUAGCAAAGAGAUGAUCACAACUGAUGAUCCUAAUGGUAGUCCCAAGCGUGGCAAAUUCCAACAAAAUUAUGAACUCGCUUCUGCGAGGAACCAGCACAUUCUAUGUCAUCAAGUUGGUGUAUAAACAGCCAAGCUUGUAAACAAUGCUGAGGCCGGGUACCUUGCAGAGAAGGACUCUCGGUUGCUCAGAAAGCAGCUGUACCACUGCUGUUACCAUGUACGGUACCAUUAUCUUACUUUAUUUUUUUACUUUUUUUUCAAACUUCAGGAACUUACAUCAGUUAAGAAGCAGAGCCCUGGCCUGAUGAGCAGAAUGAGUGAUUCAAUGAGGAACAUGGCAUCUUCAUGGAUGCUCAAAAACAGAGAACCAGAGUUUCAAGAAAUGGCUGAGUACAUCAAGACCUUCAGGGAAAAGAUGCUGGCUUUAGAAACUAUUUCUGAUAAGAUAGCAAAGGAUAGAUUUGGUAAAAAAAGUGUGGUUAUUUGCUUUUACACUGAAAUGCAUUUUUUGACAUCAUUUUAGAGUUGUUUUGCACCACAGAAUCAAUUUGUUGCUUAAUUUCAAACCUUUAACUUUCUAUGUAGUUUGUGAGGAAGAAAAUCACUACAGACCAUACUUUGAGUCUCUAGUGGAAGGUUAAGACUUUUGAUCUGUUUUUUAAACUUGGAGUCAAGUCUUUGUUUUUGUAUUUGGAAUUUUGAGAAAGUAAAUGUUUUCCAUAUAGUAAGUUACCACUCAUAACAUUUAUUUACAUCUCUGAAAGUAGAGGAAAUCCCUUUGCGACAUACUAUCUCCAGUCUGGUAAAGGUAAUAUUGAAGUUAAAUUAAGCAUGGUCUUCACGCCUUUAAUAAUUAUUAGUCCUGUCUUAUUUUCUUGACACAGAUCUCCUUGAAGUGUAUACGGAGUACAUUCCAAUCUUCAACUUAUGGGCUGAUGCUGAAUCAAAACUGGUUGAUCCAUUGCAUGCCAUGGCAAAUGCUUUCGACAAGAACAGCUCAUCUCUCAAAACGCUGGUAAGAAUAAUAAUUGCAUAAAUUAAUUUUAGUUGUAAGUGCUGUUGAACCAUUGCUUCUGUCGCCAAGUCACUCAUCAAAGAUAAGUCGAAAUUUACAAGGGUAAGGGAGGGGUGCCAGCCUUUGGGGCUGAUUACUUCCUAUCCUCUUGCACCUCUGCAGUAUUUAAGACUGGGAAUAAUAGAAGGGAAUCCUGCCCAUACCUUUAACCUUUACAUUUGACCUCUGUUAGUUUUUUCGCUUUUUAAUAACAAUUCAUUUUCCUUUAGCUCAAGGCUCAAGAUCCACGAUUUAUGGAACCAUUGCAUGAAUAUGUUCUCUACACAGAUGCUAUAAAGGUAUGAAUUUGCAAAGAUAUGGCAUCAGAUGUCAAGCUUUUGUACUGCACUGCCAGAAAGUUACCCUAAUCAACAAUCUCUUUUGUUAUGUUAAUAGAGCACUCUUAAACAUCGAGACACAAUUCAGAUGGAAUAUGAAGUAACAUUAGAAGAACUGUCAAGAAAAAAGGCUGAAAAAGAAGAGGUCAGGAAUAACUAUCUUAUAAUAAAACCUCUUAAUGCAAUGAAAUGGCUGAUGUGCCUUUGUUUCUUGUUUUAUAUCACAUUUUCUUUCUUCAGCUUUAGCUCUUGCCACAAAAGAAAAGUAGACUUGAGCAAAAUUACAUUAUGAUUCCACACAAAUAGGACAUCUGGAUUUCAAACCUCUCAAAGCUGCUCUUCAAUUAUUAUUAGAGUUGAAGCUGCUAAGCUGCGACCUUUGGACACAGUACUUUUAACACUGUCUUGUUGUUGGUUCUUAUAAACCAUUAAAUAAUGUUAGAAAUGCUCAUUGUCAUCAUUAUCAUCAUCUUCGUCCACAUAGUCAUCAUCAUCAUCAUCAUCAUCAUCAUGUAAGUAAGCUUACACAGUUUUAGCCCAUUCUUAAAUCCCAGUUGACUAAUCAGCUUUUACCUCAUUUUGUAGUUGGACAAAGGGACUGGCGGUGGACGUUGGUUUGGUAAAGACACUGAACAGUCCAGGCAAGACAGACGAGAAAGAGUGGAUUCCAAUAUUGAAGAGGUAAGUGUUAGUUAUAUAUAACUGCAUUAUCAACUGACAAAAUACAUUUUAUUUGGUUAGUGCAUAAAAGUUAGCUGUGUACGUCUUUUUUUGCUCAUAAAAGCUGUAAAAAGUUUUUCACUGAAGUAUGUGUCUGGGGAAGCCAGGGUUGUCGCUAAGAUUUCAAGUGGCUGGCUAAAUACAACAAGUAGGCGGGGAAUCAAACGGCUAGGGAUCUCUUUUGGUCCUGUUUUUCUUCUAUUUUCCAAUAAAAGUAGCUGGGGGCCACUCUCUUAGUAGCCGGGGAAAAUCCCCGGCCCCCGGCUCUUAAUGACAACCCUGGGAAGCUCUUGAAGUUUACAUCCUGUAAAACAAUGUUGACUUAUUUAUGAUAAUAAUACUAGUGGGUGUCGGUAAAACACUGACUCGAAGUAUAGAUCAGGAUUGCGGGCCAUUAUUUCUUUGUUCCAAUUCCUGUUCAACAUUUUUGUUAAGGGGAAAAACAGAAACAAAAACAAAAAAGAGGUUAGAGACAUUGUUGAGUUGUAUGGUCACAUUGUGCUUAAAAUGUUAAAAUGGUGUGGUGUUAAAAUGUGGUUUUUACUCUUGUUUUAGCUUUCAAAACUAGCUGAGUCUGGCAGUGAUCGUUUGGAGUGUGCUAAUGUUGAUCUCAAGGCAGACAUUGAACGAUGGCAAAAGAACAAAAUAACAGACUUCAGAGAACUGUUAACUGAGUACUCCGAGAGACACGCUAACUAUUACAAGGAGGUAAGGGUUUAAUAAAGCUUAAAGUAUGUGUCUUUUUUUAAAGUAAAACUCUCAUUUUUUACCUCCUGGAUGAAAAGGUGCUAUUGUAACGGCUGUUCUGCAGGCUAGAAGUUUGUUAUUAGUUAUUGGUGCUACAGGUCGGCUUGAAGGCUGCUUCUUACUAACGCUUACAUUUUUUAAACUUUUUGUUUAGUGUUUGGCCGCCUGGCAGGAGGCUUUGAAAAUUGUAUCAGGAGGGAAACAAGACCAAGAACAAGAUGUUGAAGAUGUGUAGAAAAUAUGUUUAGAUAACGGAUUUUAUAGUUAAACUAGGUAAAUAAGCUUUACAGAGUCAGUUUCAAAGCAGGCUCUGUUGGGUUGUUGAGGCGGGGUGGGUGGGUGGAGGGCUGUAGGAUUUAAGGCAUGUCGUCUCUAGUCUGAAUUUCAAAAGUUGUCGUUUUCUGUAUUGAGGGGAAAGCCAUGUCCUUGUCGGAAUUUUUUUUACUAUUGUAUUCUACUCUUGUAUUCGUUGCUGUCGUAGUUUCAACCCUUUUCAUCUGUGGCGGUAUGUCUGUCCGGCGCUGUUUCAAGGCCAUGUCGCUUGUCAGUCGGGAUCUUACCUGGCUAACACAGCCUCAAAAGAAACUGAGCCGGGUGCUAUACUAUUCGAUGAGAAAAGGAAACAUAAAUGAUGUAGUUUUAACAACUGAGCAGGUUUAUCAGAAGUUCAAUUUACUAUAAACAUAAGAUUUAACAGCUAAUUUUGGUCACAUUAGAUUGCGCAACUUAUCACGCAAAUUUAGAGGGUUAAUGAUAAGGUCAUUUUUUGGAAAUUCCAACCAAAAAUUAGGACUACGUUUUGAAAUAGUUGUGUUCCAUUUACCCUUUUUUCGGUCGGUUCCAGUCUAGAUCUAUACACUUAGCAGUCAGACGGUAGAUCGCUUAUCAUUAUGCCGACAGGUUACCCAUCCGGGUUUAUCAUUCAAAUAUUUGGUAUCCUGUGCUGAUUGAAGCGCGUAAUGUGAAAUGAAAUUCUAAUUGUUUGAAAAGCAGGGAGUACAGUUGAAUGAAAACGUUAAUUUGUAGCCAUUUGGUUGCGACCCAAAGAAACGAUCAUGUCUUUCAUAGAAGAGUAGAAAGGCAAAAUUCAUGUUGUGGAAUGCAUUAUUACCAAACAAGCUUAUUACUCGCAGUUAUAUUGAUAUGAAGCAAGUUUCAAGUUUAUUUUCUUACGUAUAUAAAUUCAGUUUCAAGGUUAUUAGUAUUUCAUUUGCUAGCAUUGACAUGAAUAGAAUUUUAACAAGUAAAGUAGGUAAAUUUAUUAAUAAGUCGUCGGAAAUUCAACUGAAAAUAAGUUACCGUGCAAAUGAUCGGUAAUAAAGAUGUCAAAUAAGUCAAGAUCAUCAUCCUCUUGUCAAUCUGGCCCAGUCCUCUAUAGAGCUCUUGGUCGGGGGUUGCCAUUCCAUAUUCUUGCUUCUAUUCAUAGUGUUCAGUCAGUGUUUAUUAGUUGACUCACACAGAGUAAAGCGGGCCCCGAGCGGGUUAUUAUAUGUUUGUUUAAACGAC